AUGAUGAUGAUCCGGCUGGUGACGAUAUUAAUCCGAAUGGUGACAAUGAUAAUCCGGUUGGUGACGAUAAUAAUAUUGCCGCCAUUGUGGUUGUUGCAGUUGUUGCAGUUGUUGCUCUUGUCGUAAUUGUUGAUAUUGUUGUUUCGGUUGUUGAG